UUUUGGUUUAGGUUAUAAAAUCACUUUAAAUACGGGGUACAAAUACCGUCUUUUAUUUUGAUAGUUUCCUUCUGUGUUGCAACCGGAAGUAGUGUUCCUUUUUGGCUUACUGUGGCUAGCGUCACAUUCGAGUGGUAGAAAGAGCAACGCUGAGGAGGCCAUGGCUCGCGGGCAGCAAAAGAUUCAAUCCCAACAGAAAAACGCCAAGAAAGCGGCCGAGAAGAAGAAACAGCAGGGAGCAGACCAGAAAACAGCGGCAAAAGCUGCACUGGUCUUUACCUGUCCUGUCUGUCGGACUCAGAUGCCAGACCCUAAGACGUUCAAACAGCACUUUGAGAGUAAGCACCCCAAAUCCCCCAUGCCCCCCGAGCUGGCUGACGUGCAGGCUUGAGGACUACUUGCGGAUGGACUGACGACAUGCGGGACUGGGUUGUUGGGCACGUGAUAUGAAACCAUGGACAGACGGAUGGACUGACUGACCCGGCAGCCUGCUGCGUUUCACUGUAAAACCAGCGAUGGAAGGGCAGAGGGUGGGGGUGGAGGUGGAGGGCAGCAGCAGCAGCAGCAGCAAUAGCAACAUUCGUAACUUUUUAACAGACUUUUUGCUUGUUUUGCAUCUUUCCCCAGUGGUGCUGCUGUUCGAUUCCACACACACACCUCAUAAUCUUUUGUGUGUUUACCCAGCUCAAUAAGAGCACCAACAUGUUCCCGUUGUUAACAGAUGUGUGUGUGUGUGUGUGAUAGAGAGAUAGAGAGAGAGAGGAUGGCAGCCGGAGGUAUCCUUACACCUGCUAGGCAGGACAGAAGUGCAGUUCAGGAGCAUGGCUGCUCAGGUCAGCUGGGUGUCAAGGCCCUGCUGUCAGUCUCCUUUUGAAUGCAGAGUUCUUGAAAUGAUUGAGCCAAUGGCAUGACUUAAAAAUCCCCCUGUAUUGUGGCAGGAAGACAUGGAGCCAUUGUUUAUUUCUCUCACUCUCUCUCCAUCCCUCUCUUCAAAACCAACAUUUUCAUCUAGGUCAGUAAUCUCCCUGUUCAUUUCAGAGCUCAGCUGGAGGGUUAAAUGUACUAAUUCUGAAAUUAUGUCUGCUCCUCACUGCCCAAAGAAGACUACUGUCAAGGUGUCAAUCAAGAAAAAUGCAAGAUCACGGUCAUGUCAGUCAGUUAUAAUUUCUCUGCACCCUUAAGUCAGUCUGCCUGUUUAAGGUGUUUUGUUUUAUUCCCCUCAUGUCAAUAAAUGCUGUAAUAUAAAUAGACCAUAGCCCUUCAUUUCCCCACAUAAAAGCUGAAUCAAAUGCACGUUCAUAUUCUUCUGUCCCGCUUGGUGGUAGAAUGGGGUAGAGUAGGCAGAAAGUUUCCAAUGCACCUGACACCGCAGUGCCCUUCGAGGGUCCCCGUGUGCUGCAGCCUCCUAAAGACAUGCUGAAAUUCCCCAGAUCGCUUCUCUCCUUGCGCCGCUUCCAUUUUGUUUCUGCACUGAAAGACUUUCCGCUGCGUUGCGUUUACACGCGCCCGUUCUGCACAUGCGGCCUGGCGGCUGGGUCCCUGCCCGCGGCUCUGGCUGAUAAUCCGCCCGUUCGAGGUGGGAGUGACCUAAACCGAGGCCAAGCUAAACUCCGAUCUUUGCUGUUACGCAGGCUGCAUUUCUUUGCACAUCGAAAAGAACCACAACAGGAUUGGUCUGAUGAGAUCCAGUCACAUGGGCAAAAAAACAUAACCAAAACAUGGUUGUGGUCCUCUUAUAAUUUUUUAUUUUCUUUAGUCAAUGCAGCAUGAAAAUGCAUUGCCAACCUGUCUUCUGUAACUGCCCAUGAGUUUUUGGUUUUCUACUGACAGAAAAUGGGGUGGGGGGGCACGCAAGGAUACUUACAAUCCUGUGUAAUUUACCUUCUGUACAUAUCAACUGCAUAAAAAAUAAAAAAAAUCCUUGAAAUUUU